UAGCUCUUUCUCUUCCGCACUUAUCAAUCUCUUUCCUUUUCCUCUCUCAAUUCCCCCAAACGCUUCCACCCGCUUUCUCCUUCCGCCACCCCACGCCAUGGCUCAGAAGAUUGGAAAAUCCACGCGCCGCCCCGGCGCUUCAUCUAAGGCCAGGGUUUAUGCCGAUGUUAACGUUGUUCGCCCCAAGGAAUAUUGGGAUUACGAAUCCCUCAACGUCCAGUGGGGGGAGCAAGAUGAUUAUGAGGUGGUGAGGAAGGUGGGUAGGGGAAAAUACAGUGAGGUGUUUGAAGGUGUUCACUGCACGGAUGGUGAAAAAUGUAUCAUCAAGAUCCUGAAACCUGUAAAGAAGAAGAAGAUAAAGAGGGAAAUCAAAAUAUUACAGAAUCUUUGUGGAGGGCCUAAUAUUGUAAAGUUGCUUGACAUUGUUAGAGACCAGCAAUCGAAGACCCCAAGUCUUAUAUUUGAAUAUGUCAAUAACACUGAUUUUAAAGUGCUUUAUCCUACAUUGUCAGAUUAUGAUAUACGAUACUAUAUCUAUGAACUUCUAAAGGCACUGGAUUAUUGCCAUUCACAAGGAAUCAUGCAUCGGGAUGUAAAACCACAUAAUGUAAUGAUUGACCAUGAACAGCGUAAGCUUCGCCUUAUAGAUUGGGGGCUUGCAGAAUUCUAUCAUCCUGGAAAAGAAUAUAAUGUUCGAGUGGCUUCAAGAUAUUUCAAAGGCCCUGAGCUUCUUGUUGAUCUUCAAGACUAUGAUUACUCUCUAGAUUUAUGGAGUCUUGGUUGUAUGUUUGCUGGGAUGAUAUUCCGUAAGGAGCCAUUCUUUUAUGGACACGAUAACUAUGAUCAACUGGUCAAAAUAGCUAAGGUACUUGGGACGGAUGAGUUAAGUGCAUAUUUGAAUAAGUAUCGAAUAGAGUUGGAUCCGCAUCUUGCAGCACUCAUUGGGAGGCAUGGUCGUAAGCCAUGGGCAAAGUUCAUUAAUGUAGAAAAUCAUCACUUGGCUGUUCCUGAGGCUGUUGACUUUGUUGACAAGUUACUGCGGUAUGAUCACCAAGAACGUCCCACUGCAAAAGAAGCCAUGGCCCAUCCAUACUUCAAUCCAAUUAGAAGUGCAGAAAGUAGUAGAACUCGUACGCAUUGAGUUGCUGAUGCCUGUUGAGAUAUGGUGUUCGUUCUUGUUCGGGGGCCUUCCUCUAGACGUCUGAACUGUUAUUUCUGGUGGAACUUGCUUUUAGUAGAUUCUGCCCCUGUUCUGUUGUAAAACUCGGUUUCAUUAGUAAUUGGUCUUUUGUUUGUUUUUUUUUUUUUUUUUUUUUUUUCCAAUUUUUAUUAUUUUUGUGGAAAAUUCAGGUCACAAUUUUUAUUUGAUUGUGUGUUCCAAAAUUGGGAAAUGAAAUCUUGAUUCAAUUUAAGCAAAAA